GGGUCCCACUCGGGCGGCAGCAGCGCCGCGGCCUGCGAUCCGGAGGGUGUGCGGUCUGAGAGGUCCAGCCCACUCCCCGGAGAGGCCGGCCGCCACGCCCCCUCCCGUAGCUCCCUCCCUCGCGCCCUCCCGUUGGGCUCGCGCCCUCGGCGCUGAGUGAGGCGGCGAGGGCGCUCGGGGCACUGGAGGAGGCGGUGGCGUCGCCCCCGCACUCGGGCCCGCCCCCUCGCGCCCCGCCCCGCCCCGUCCCCGCCCUCCCCGCCGCCCUCUGCGGGAGCCGGGCAGCUGCAGCGGAGCCGCGGAGCGGGCGGCGGGGCUGGGGCAGUGCGCUCGGGGCGCGCGGAAUGUGAGGCUCAGCGGGCCACAGCGCGCGCGGACGCUCAGAGGGGCGAGGGGCGGCGACCCCUCGAGGACGCCCGGCCGCGCGCCCGACCGGGGACUCGUCCUCUCGCUCGCCCGUGCGCGCGCCCCGCGCCCUCCAGCGCGCCGGCGGGACCAUGAAGAAGUUCUCUCGAAUGCCCAAGUCGGAGGGCGGUGGCGGCGGCGGAGCGGCGGGUGGCGGGGCCGGGGCCGGGGCCGGCUCUGGCUCCGGGAGCUCGUCUCUGGGGGUCCGGGUGUUCGCGGUCGGCCGCUACCAGGUCACCCUGGAGGAGACGCUGGCCGAAGGUGGAUUCUCCACGGUUUUCCUCGUGCGGACACAUGGUGGAGUUCGCCAUGCAUUGAAGCGAAUGUAUGUCAAUAACAUGCCAGACCUCAACGUUUGUAAAAGGGAAAUUACAAUUAUGAAAGAGCUGUCUGGUCACAAAAAUAUCGUGGGUUAUUUGGACUGUGCUGUUAAUUCAAUUAGUGAUAAUGUAUGGGAAGUGCUUAUCUUAAUGGAAUAUUGUCGAGCUGGGCAGGUAGUGAAUCAGAUGAAUAAGAAGCUGCAGACAGGUUUUACAGAAUCAGAAGUGUUGCAGAUCUUCUGUGAUACCUGUGAAGCUGUUGCAAGGUUGCAUCAAUGUAAGACUCCAAUAAUUCACCGGGAUCUGAAGGUAGAAAAUAUUUUGUUGAAUGAUGGUGGAAACUAUGUGCUUUGUGACUUUGGCAGUGCCACUAAUAAAUUUCUUAAUCCUCAAAAAGAUGGAGUUAAUGUAGUAGAAGAAGAAAUUAAAAAGUAUACAACUCUGUCAUACAGAGCCCCUGAAAUGAUCAACCUUUAUGGAGGGAAACCCAUCACCACCAAGGCUGAUAUCUGGGCACUGGGAUGUUUACUAUAUAAACUUUGUUUCUUCACUCUUCCUUUUGGUGAGAGUCAGGUUGCUAUCUGUGACGGCAACUUCACCAUCCCAGACAAUUCUCGUUACUCCCAUAACAUACAUUGCUUGAUAAGGUUCAUGCUUGAACCAGAUCCAGAGCGUAGACCUGAUAUAUUUCAAGUGUCCUAUUUCGCAUUUAAAUUUGCCAAAAAGGAUUGUCCAGUCUCCAACAUCAAUAAUUCUUCUAUUCCUUCAGCUCUUCCUGAACCGAUGACUGCUAGUGAGGCAGCUUCUAGGAAAAGCCAAAUAAAAACCAGAAUAACAGAUACCAUUGGACCAACAGAAACCUCAAUUGCACCAAGACAAAGACCAAAGGCCAACUCUGCUACUGCCACUCCCAGUGUGCUGACCAUUCAGAGUUCAACAACACCUGUUAAAGUCCCUGCUCCUGGUGAAUUCAGUAACCACAGACCAAAAGGAGCAGUGAGAGCUGGAAAUGGCUCUGAGAUUUUAUUGGGUCAGGGGCCCCCUCAGCAGCCUCCACAGCAGCAUAGAGUACUUCAGCAACUACAACAAGGAGAUUGGAGAUUGCAGCAGCUUCAUUUACAGCAUCGUCAUUCUCACCAGCAGCAACAGCAGCAUCAGCUACAUCAGGAUGCUUAUAUGCAGCAGUAUCAACAUGCAAUGCAGCAGCAACAGAUACUUCAACAACAGUUUUUAAUGCAUUCAGUAUAUCAGCCACAACCUUCUGCAUCACAGUAUCCUGCAAUGAUGCAGCAGUAUCAGCAGGCUUUCUUGCAGCACCAAAUGCUAGCUCAGCAUCAGCAGUCUCAACAACAGGCAUCACCUGAAUAUCUUACCUCCCCUCAAGAGUUCUCACCGGCUUUAGUUUCUUACACUUCAUCACUUCCAGCGCAGGUUGGAACCAUAAUGGACUCCUCUUAUAGUGCCAAUAGGCCAAUUGCUGAUAAAGAGGCAGUUGCAAAUAUUGCAAAUCAGAAGAACAUCAGUAACCCACCUGAUAUGUCAGGGUGGAAUCCUUUUGGAGAGGAUAAUUUCUCCAAGUUAACAGAAGAGGAACUGUUGGACAGAGAAUUUGACCUUCUGAGAUCAAACAGGCUCGAGGAGAGAGCUUCCUCAGAUAAGAAUGUAGACCCACUUUCUGCUCCACAUAACCAUCCUCCAGAAGAUCCCUUUGGUUCUGUUCCUUUCAUAUCUCACUCAGGUUCUCCUGCAAAGCAAAUUGAACGUUCAUCCAUGAAUCAAGAAAACAGCACUGCAAACCCUAUCAAGAAUAGAAAAGUAAGUCCUGUAUCUAAAGACCACCGGACUGGAAAGAAAGCCUCAGAGAAUUCAUCAGUACAGGGUCAAGUGCAAAAGGGGAAUGAUGAAUCUGAAAGUGAUUUUGAAUCUGAUCCUCCUUCUCCUAAGAGCAGUGAAGAGGAAGAGCAGGAGGAUGAAGAAGUUCUUCAGGGAGAACAAGGAGAUUUUAAUGAUGAUGAUACGGAACCGGAAAAUCUGGGUCAUAGGCCUCUCCUCAUGGAUUCUGAAGAUGAGGAAGAAGAAGAGAAACAUAGCUCUGAUUCUGAUUAUGAGCAGGCCAAAGCAAAGUACAGCGACGUGAGCCCUGUCUACAGAGACAAGCCUGGCAGUGGACCAAUCCAAGAUCCCAAUGUAGCACUCCUCGCCCCAACCCAAUUACCCUCUGAUGUUGGAGUGGAGACUCCCAAACAGGAGUUUGAUGUAUUUGGUGCCGUCCCCUUCUUUGCAGUGCGUGCUCAACAGCCCCAACAAGGAGAGAAUGAAAAGAAUCUCUUUCAGCAGACCCAUUUUCCUACUGUGGGACUAGAGCAAGAGGAAUUUGAUGUAUUCACAAAGGCACCCUUUAGCAAGAAGGUGAAUGUACAAGACUGCCGUGCAGUGGGGCUUGAAGCACAUACUCUCCCUGGUUGUCCCAAAAGUGUAGAUAUAUUUGGCUCCACUCCAUUUCAGCCCUUUCCCACAUCAGCAAGUAAAAGUGGCAGCAAUGAGGACCUUUUUGGGCUUGUGCCCUUUGAGGAAAUAACUGGGAGCCAGCAGCAGAAAGUUAAACAGCGUAGCUUACAGAAAUUGUCUUCUCGCCAAAGGCGCACCAAGCAGGAUAUGUCCAAAAGUAAUGGGAAACGGCAUCACGGCACGCCAACUAGCACAAAGAAGACUGUGAAGCCCACCUACCGCACUCCAGAGAGGGCUCGCAGGCACAAAAAAGUGGGCCGCCGAGACUCGCAGAGCAGCAAUGAAUUUUUAACCAUCUCAGACUCCAAGGAGAACAUUAGUGUUGCUCUGACUGAUGGGAAAGACAGAGGGAAUGUCCUGCAACCCGAGGAGAGUCUGUUGGACCCCUUUGGUGCCAAGCCCUUCCAUCCUCCAGACCUGCCAUGGCACCCUUCACAUCAGGGCCUGAGCGACAUCUGUGCUGAGCACAAUCCUGUCCUGCCUGGGCGGCCAAGACCGAAUUCACUACAUGGGUCAUUCCACAGUGCAGAUGCGUUGAAAAUGGAUGAUUUUGGUGCCGUGCCCUUUACAGAACUUGUGGUGCAAAGCAUCACUUCACAUCAGUCCCAACAGUCCCAAUCAGUUGAAUUAGACCCAUUUGGUGCUGCUCCAUUUCCUUCUAAACAGUAGAUACUUCUGAUGGACUCUUAGCGUUAACUCCUGUUUCAAAAAAGUAUGAAUAGUUUUAUGAAUUUGAAAGAAAAUUUAUUUGUAUAGCUCUUUAUAUCAUUCAUUCUUACAGGUCAAUCAGAAUAGGUGAUUUUUAAAUAAACCAAAUAGAAAAGGAAGUAUCUCCACAGGGUAGUGACCUGAUAUCUCUUCCACACGGGAGGAAAUGGAGCUGAAUUGCAAGCUCUAAGCCAGGGUUUCAGCUACUGACAUGACUGCACAGAAAUCCAGGAAGAGCACAUGGCCCCUUUCCAGUUGUGUAGCCACCGAAAAGGGACUGGAAAGCUGCGUCGCGGUUUUUAUAACAGAAUGUCACUUUUGUGUGCAUAUCCCAGGCUCAUUCCAGAAUCCAGCAUCUAAGACUAAGCUUAUUUGUACAUACACAGGUUGCAUUUGUGGAUUUUUUAAGGUCUCUUCUAAUUUCCACCACGUUAAAAAAAAUCUAGUUCUCAUCAAGAAUUAGAAAGUUAUUCUCUGGAGAGCACAGAGAUUUUAGUCCUUAGACCGUUGUCUACAGAGCAGAGCCAGAAGUAACUGACUAUCGUGCCUAAAGCUGUUCCAUUUUAAAAAACAAGUGCCAUUAAUAUGGAAUAUCUACAUAGAAGCCUAGAACAAAACCUAAGACAAAUAUCUGAUGUGUGGAAAAUAUAAAAGAAAAAAAAAGAAGAGAAAAAAACAGUACUUUAGAAACACUUUAUAUUGUUUUUGAAUGGCUUCAUGCUGAAAACUUUUAUUAUCAUUGUCCCUAAUAAAGCAGAUUAUUGGAAAAAUUGGGAGUGAGGACAAGGGUUACAUAGAAAUUUUAUUUCAGGAAAAAGAUAUGUAGCUGAAACCCUGAGUUUUUAAGACGUUUACAAUGUGAAAUCAUGUUGCAUUUAAUAAUGUACUUUAUUAAAUUACCACCUUCACUAAAUAUUCCCCAACAACUUUUUAGCUAGGUUUGGAGGGUGGAGUAGGUUUAAUAAAGUGCACAGAGCAAUGAAACCCACAAAGCCUUAUAGGCAGGACUCACGCAUCCUGCUGCAAGUACCUCUGCACUAACAUAAGAUCUUAAAGUGGCUGGAAGGUGUUAGAUGAUGAAGGACUAGCAUCUUAACUCUGCUAGUCGACUGUGUCUUCAGUGAAAAGAACCCAGCUACCAAAUUGCCUUUUUUUACACCACAAAUCCUAAUUAGAAACUUGAGAUUUUAUAGAAAUUGUUUAAUAAGAUAGAAAUUACAUAUAUGAAUUAAUGUGAAUACAGUAUCUGUGCUUCCUGUGUCUCCAACUAUUUUAAGUUAUAAUUAACUGUCCUUCCCUAUCAAAUUGACAUGUAGAAGUUUGUAGAACUGUUAAAGCUAUUUACAAAAAAGGAAACUCUUAUCAACUGGCACUCUCCUUGAUGGCUAUAUUUUAAAUUAACUCUGAACCCAAUUAAAGUGUAUUGUAUGAGUAAUCGUAUGAGAAUCUCUUAAUUAUAGUGCCCCAACUGGGACGAGCUAUUUGCUUGUCUUCAUAGUUCUAAACUUGGAAAGAAGGAAAGUAUAUGUAACUAAACCAUAUAUUCACUUUUUAUUGCUUCUCUUUUCUCUUUUAUGUUUGAAAUCAGAUACAAAUUUGUGAACAGGGAAGCAAUAUGUGAAUCACAGUGUAGCAGAGGCAGACCAAGCAUUACAGUACUGCUUAAGAGCUAUACUUUUAGAGCCCGACUGCACCAAUUACCUGUCCUUGUGCCAAAGGCAAAUAUUAUGUUUGCACCUUUUUUUUUUUCUGAUUCUCAGGUUAAUACUGCUAAUGCAAAUGCUCAAGUAGAUGUUCUUUAAAACUUUACAAAAUAGAUUCAAGUGAUACUUUCUUUUAAAAGUGAAGAGUUGAUGAUUACACCUAGUAAAUUCAUGAACUACAGUAGGUUUGUAUCAAACAGAAUUUUUUUUUUAAUGAAAAUCUCUUGGUUGACAUGUACACAGUAUGCUUCUUUGACUAUUUUAGUCCUUGGCCUUGGUCUCUGCUAGACCUCAUGGGUUCCAUAAUUUAGAAGGGGUAGUGGAUGAAUUAGUGUGCUCUCCUUGGGAUGGAUACAUGAAAUUCCUAGAGUCUAUCUGAUACCAAGUCCUCGCUUAUACUUUCUUUUCAAUACAUUGAAUAAUUUUAAAUGAUUUAGACACUGAUGUAGACACUUGGGCUUACAAUACUGGAUAAAUUCUAAGGAAACAACUUUGACAUCGUUUAAAAUAUUUACAUUCUUAUGUUUAUUACAUCACAGCCCCGUGACUUUCCUCUUUUGAGAUUAUAACUCAGAGGAAACAUUUAGGAUUCAAUAGGGGACCCAAUGGGACAGAAAUGAGGAGAUCCCUUUGUGCUGAAAUAGAGGCAUUUUCCCAAGGAGGACGUGAUUUAGAGUUGCUUUCCGUUUUCCAUCAUCUCCUCCCACUACUGUUAGGAUGGAGGUCACUCCACACAGCUGAUGCCCAUAUGAGAAUUAUGAGAAUAAAGUUCCCAAGGCAUGUGAAAGAGCUUAACACAGCUUAAUACUUGGCACACAGCACUCAGUAAAAGUAUGGCUCUAUUAUGGGAUGGUCCAAUUCCUGUUUAAGGAAGGAAUGUUGAAAAGUUAUUUUCUUAUUAUUAAUCAGGUGUCCUCUGUGCUUCUUUAGCAUGUAAAGUAGUCAUAACUCUAAACCUGUAAUACUUGAACAUCACUAAGGAAAGUAAAAUAUUAUGAAGCUAGCAAAAAUCUGAGGCCAAAGUUAUUUCUGUCCUAACAGCUUUAAUAAUGCUUGUUGAUUUUGAAUAAUCUUUUCAAAAGUGGACCAUUUGCUUAAUUAUUUUAGUAUUAUCACUUCAGCAAAAAUGUUGGUGUUAAAAAGAUCAGCUUUUAUAGCAUUGAAGAAUGUAUCUGUUAAGACCCGAAAGUUGCUUGGUACAUAUAUUAGGUGGAGGAGGAAAGGCUGUAGGCUGGAUGAAAAUUUGACUAGAAAGUGAGUUCAGAAGCGAUUAAGCAGUAUGGAUUGGGAAAUAGUGUAAUUCUUCCACUGACCCGCCCCUUCCCUGUGUGUGUAUUUGGGCACAGUUAUGACAUUAUUUGGAAUUGUAGAUAGAUGUACCUUCUACCUUGUUUAUUGUUUAACAGUGACAGAUUGUUGUCCUCAUCUUGCUAGUGGAAAAUACUAAGAUGGAGCCCACUCUUCUACUCUCGAUGUUCAUCAGGCAGAGCAGAUUUCUUACUGUUCAGCUACUCUGCUUGGUUUAUUUUAGGUUUUGGUACUUCACAUAAGCAUUGCUAGAAGGUACAUGUGUAUUAAUAUCGCUAGUUCUGAGGAGUUUGGGUACAUUUGUUUUCAUAUAUGUAGAAUCUGCAGUAAACUUUUCCUUCUCCUUUCUUUUUAGCAAAAUUACUCAACAUUUUAGGUCCAGUAUUGAGCUGACAGAUCUACUGUGAGAAUGAGAUGACAUAUCUACUGUGAGAAUAACAUAAAUGAUAGUUUAUUUGAAAACUUUUAUACAUACUUGUGUUUAUAUGUUAAGAUAAAUAUAUAAACACACACAUGCAUGCACAUAUCACAUCUCUUUACUGCAGAGUUAAUGUGAAUUUUUAAAUUUUAAGUGGAAUUGCAACCACAAUCAUUACUAAAAGAACAUUCACUCCUAGUGAAGGUUUACAAAAGCCACUAAAAGAAUAAGGUAGACAGAUGAAAAUGCAAAGGGUCAUCAUUUGGGGUUAUUUUUAUUUAAAAAUUUAUUGUGCUACUUUUGAAAGAGAAUUGUUUUUAUUACUAUGCUCUUUUUGUGAUUGAAAAGUCAUCUAAUAGUAACCAGUAUAGUAAUAGUAAGCUACUUUUUAAUUGCUGGCAAACAGCUUUAAGUGCACUUUCUUUGAUUACACUUCCAUUUUUUGUUAAACUUGAAUUUUCUGAAGCCUUUUAUGUACCACUAAGCAAAUAACUUUUAAUAAACCUGAUUUACAUCUUUAUUAUAUUUCUAAUUGUUAUAAAACAUACUUUCUGAAGUAACUUCAAUCCUCAGAUAUAGCUGGGAAACUGUUGAGAUAGAAUCAGUUGCUUUUGUUUUUCUUCUUUUAUCUAAUUAAGCACUAAGUGAUUUUACUACUUUAUUGCCUUUACAUUGCUUAUUCUUAUUGACUGAAUUCUGUCCUUCAUUCACUUUGUUUUGUUUGAAAUUUAAAGUUAUUUUCUUACUGUAUUUAUCAUACCUACUGUUUUAAUAAUCUGCUUUCUUUAAAUGCAAUAAAUCCCAAAUGGAUUGCAUAUUCUUUAUAAUCACUGAGUUCGGAGUUUUUCAUUAUUUGUCUCAUUAAAAG